AAAAGUUAUGGAUAAAAAAGAAUAUAAAAAAUAUAAACGAAGAAUUGCUCAAACUGAAGCUAAAAUUGAUAAUAAAGCUCCACCAUUUCAUGUGGCUUAUUAUUAUGAUAAACAUAAUAUGAGAAGUCAUUUGACUCGAAUACGAGAAAUAGAUAGAGAAAAUAUGACAAUAUUAAGACGAAUAAACAUAAUUGUCAGAUUUGGAGGAAAUAUUGAUUGUUGGUUACCGAAAAUAAUAUAUAAGCCAAAGUUUUAUGAAGAACAAAAAGCAGAAAAUAAAAAAAUCAAGAUACAAAAUAAAUAUAUAUUACAAAAAAUUCAAAAUGCAACUAGUAAAUAUUCUACUGUAAAAUUUAUACAAAAUAUGAACAUAAACCUUUAG